GGGAAUUUAAAACUUACAAAAACUUUGUACUAUUUUACAAGAAUUUUUUAUUUUUUUUUUAAAAAAGGAGGGAUCAAUUCAAUUGUCUUUUUCAAUCAGUCCAAGAAGAUGACAUUAUCUAAUUUCGUUUGCUUCGACAAGCAAUAUUUUAUUGUUGGCGACAAGCGGCAAUUUUGUUGAUGGCCACUGAUGAGUCAGACCGCUUCACACAAUAUAUAUUCAUUACUCGUACUUUCAUUGUCAUCUCAAUCUGUGAUUUGCAGACGAGCGAUAUGGCCGAUACUUUGCUUCCCACCGAAAUGGCUCCUUCCAAAUCUGCUCAAGAAUUGUUCAUCAAUGGUGAUGAACCACCCCCUCGCUACAUAGUUAAGGAAAGCAAUUUUGGGUCUAUAGAUUCUUCUCCUCCAUUAGCUCCAAUUCCAACCAUAGACGUCAGUCUCCUCUUGCCCUCAUCAUCACCUUCUUCCAUUCAAGAACUGGACAAACUAAGAUCAGCUCUCAGCUCAUGGGGUUGCUUUCAGGCAAUAGGCCAUGGAAUAUCAGAUUCAUUAUUUGACAGAGUGCGUGAAGUUGCCAAACAGUUCUUUGAACUUCCUGUGGAAGAGAAAAAGAAGUACUCUAGAGCAGAUGAUGAAGGUGAAGGAUGGGGAGGUGACUUGAUUGUUUCAAGAAAACAAGUUCUAGACUGGUCGGACCGCUUAGUUCUUAAAGUACUCCCUGAAGAUGAGAGAAAGCUCAAUAAAUGGCCACAAUAUCCAACUGAUUUUAGUGAGGUUUUACAUGAUUAUGCUUUGAAGGUGAAGUGUGUUUUAGAUAUUCUCUUUAAGGCCAUUGCAAAGUCAUUGAAUUUGGAAGAGAAUAUCUUCUUGAACCAGUUUGGAGAGCGGGCAUCUUUGAUCAGUAGAUUUAACUUCUACCCACCUUGUCCAAGACCUGAUCAAGUUCUUGGUCUCAAGCCUCAUUCAGAUAAAUCAGGGAUGACAGUUCUACUGCAGGACAAAGAGGUGGAAGGUCUUCAUGUUCUCAAGGAUGAUCAAUGGUUCAAAGUCCCCAUAAUUCCCCACGCCCUUGUGGUUAAUGUGGGCGAUCAAAUGCAGAUAAUGAGUAAUGGAAUUAUCAAGAGCCCGGUGCACAGAGCAGUAACAAACCCUGAGAAGCUGAGGAUUUCUGUGUCUGUAUCUAAUGAGGCAGAAGAAGAAAGAGAGAUUGGACCAGCAGAUGGCUUGAUGGAUGAGAAAAGGCCUAGGUUGUAUAGAAAUGUGAAAAACUAUGCUGCAAUCAACUUUGAAUGCUUUCAGUUGGGGAAGGUAGCAAUUGAUACUGUCAAGGUCUAGUUCAUGCAGAAUGAUGUUGAAAUUUGAAGUUCUAUGAGAAUUGUAGUUCUUUUAUAAGGAAUAAAUCUGCACAAAACUGCAGCGUUUUGCGUAAUGCUGCAAAAGCGCGGUGUUUUGAUGUGGCUGUGUUAGAAAAACUGAAUAUUGACAUGGUUAGAAGUGUUGUGUAUUAAAGUGCUGCUGUUUUUAGUACUUGUGUAAAAAUAUUGUUUGAAAUUGUGAGU